AUGUAUCGUCAAAUCCAACAAUUACAGAAAAGAGUGGCCGUCAUCGAGCAGGAGCUGAGGUUGGAGGCUCUCUCCAACGAAAACACGAGAAUUAGGAGGCAGCGUAUGUUUUUAUUUUUUGUUUGUAAUUUACAGUGUGAGGCAAAAAAUGCCUCAAGGCAUUUUUUGUUAGCAUCUUCAUAAAGGGCAUGGACAUUUGCACAGUGCAUAGCGCUUUCAAAAACAUUUCUGCACGCUGCAAUUGUCUCAAGUUUCGCGGCGCAAUGGAAAAAAGCUUGCGCCGCAGCGAUUUUGUUUUGAGAAAUCAAUGUACAGUCAACCUUUUUCUUGCACAGCGGCUAGCGACGAAAAGUCCACGCACUUUAUGAAAAUGCUAAUACUAACAGAAGCAUUUUUUGCCGCACCCCUGUAUAAUAUAUUUUAGUGAGCGAAUUGGAAGAUCAAGAGAAAGUAGUAUUUCUGGAAACUUUAAGACAAAGUGAAGAAAUAAGCGCCCUGGAGGAUGAAUUGGCCAAGGUAUUUGCCCGGCUGCGAGUUUCAAAUGUGAAACUGUUUCAAUCAAUGAAGGACCAAGGACAGUUUGGUAAGCGUUUGUUAUUUUUGAGUAGGCACCAAAUUAAAAAAAUGUAUUUCUCUUAAAAAAUUUAUAUAUAUAUUAUUUCAGGAGAACAGAGAAAAAAAGAACAACACCCCAAGAGAGAAAAGAGGAGACAGAGCAUUUAA